AUGUUGCGAGAUACUUUACUCUCACAGUGCCUCUCUCCGCACAGCUCGGGUCCAGUCCAGCUCUCUACACCAUGUAACCACGCCUGUAAGUGCUCUGGGGUAAAUUAUGUUCCUGUGUGCGGUGGACGGCUGACCUAUUUUUCGCCCUGUCAUGCUGGCUGUAGUGAGAGGAACAAAACGAACAAGGGCUCCUUCUCUUACUCCAACUGCGCCUGCGUCGCUAAAACAGGCAAAACAUCAGGAGAAGCGAAGAAAGGCACAUGUGAUGUUGACUGCGGGCUCAACCGCAUGAUCUUUUUGGCGAUUCUUGGUUUAUUGCCUCUCAAGACUUUUCUGAAUGGCACUCCAGGGUAUAUAGUCACCUUGAGGAGUGUACCACGCGCACAGCGGUCCUAUGGGUUAGGAAUCCAGAUGGAUCUUGUCAGGAUUCUGGGAAUUCAGCAUUACUACUGGCACUGGUUUAAGUAUCGGUUAUGA